AUGGAUAAGGACGAACAGAGUAACACUGAUGAUAUCGAAGAGUUAAGUAAAGAGGAUGAUGAAUCAAGCAAAGAUGAAAAAAGCAAGAACGGACAUCAAAAACCUCCUUUCUCUUACAACGCAUUAAUCAUGAUGGCAAUUCGAGAUUCGCCUGAUAAAAAAUUAACUUUAAGUAACAUCUAUGAAUAUAUUAUGAAAAAUUAUCCUUUCUAUCGUGAGAAUAAACAGGGUUGGCAGAAUUCGAUCCGGCACAACUUGAGUUUAAAUAAAUGCUUCGUUAAAAUGCCACGUCAUUACGAUGAUCCUGGCAAAGGAAAUUAUUGGGCAUUAGAUCAAUCAUGUGAUGAUGUGGAAAUUGGUAGUGUAACUGGUAAAUUACGCCGGAGAAAUAACUCAUCG